AGCGAAAGGGGAGAGAGAGAGAGAGAGAGAGAGAGGGAGAGAGGGAGAGAGGAGAGAGGAGGAGAAGGGGUGAGGGGGACGACGAUGGUGACGGACGAGGAGCUCGCGCGGCGUCUCCGGGAGCUCCUCCGCUCCUCCGACCUCUCCACCACCACCACCGCCAUCGUCCGCCGCAGCCUCGAGGAGCACUUCGCCCUCGACCUCUCCCACAAGAAGGCCUUCAUCCGCGAGCAGGUCGACCUCUUCCUCCACUCCGAGCUCCACCACGGCAACGACGAACACGACGCAGCGGAGGCUGCGAAGGAGGAGGACGAGGCGGGGGCGGAGGAGGAGGAGGAGCAGCAGGGGGGAGGAGAAAGGAGCGGAGAGGAAGAGGAGGAGGAGGAGGAGGAGGAGGAGGAGGAGGAUGAAGAGGUGAGCGGUGGUGGCGGAGGAAGUAGAAAGAGGAGGUUGAACAGAGUCAAUGAGGAGUCCAAGCGAAGGGGUGGCGGCUUUACCAAAUUGUGCAGCCUUUCCCCGGAACUACAAGAUUUUGUUGGUGAAUCUGAGUUAGCGAGAACCGAAGUUGUCAAGAAGCUUUGGGCGUAUAUCCGAGAAAACAAUUUGCAAGACCCGAAUAAUAGGAGAAAGAUUAUAUGUGAUGAGAGACUUCGGAGCCUUUUUAAUGUUAACACCAUUGACAUGUUUCAAAUGAAUAAGGCUUUGACAAAGCAUAUCUGGCCACUGGAAGAUGCUGGUCAUGUAUCUUCAGCAAGGUCAACGCCGAAAGACAAGCAGCGACAAAAAGAUAAGGAAGCAGGAUCUGUAUCUCCUGUGAGGUCUAAGACAAAGGAUAAGAAGCAAAAGAAAGAUAAGAACGAAGGAAAAAGGCACAAAGGAGGAUCUUCUGGCCUUCUCGCACCCCUUCCACUCUCAGAUGAACUGGUGAAGUUUAUUGGUACUGGCGAGAAUACAUUGUCACGAUCUGACGUUGUGAAGAGGAUGUGGGACUACAUUAAACAGAACAAUCUUCAGUCAUUGGCAGAUGAAAUAGCUUUAGACAAGUGUGCGGGUGAUAGCAAUUAUUUAUUCUAAAAUCUUGGGCCUUGCAUUCCUCUCAAAUUUCUCAAACAUUAAUUUUGGUACGUUAAUUGUUGUUCUAUUAUGAUUUUACGUGUGCUCUGAAUUGCAUUUGAUGUUCAGAAACUUUGGUUGCAUAUCUACUGCUGGAGCUAAUUUAUUUGCCUUUAAGUACUACAUUCUCCUAGACAAUAGGCCAGUUGGCGAAUAACCUACCAGAGUUUGUCGACAAAACAAAACCCGAUUGUGAACUCUGUGUAGAAGUCGCACUUUUAUUAAGUACUUGUUACCUGAUAGUUGAAUGGAAGUUUGCAGCGAGUCCUAAUAAUUUAAAGAGUGGAAUGUGCCAAAUGAAUGGAAUAUCGUCAUCCUACGCUACGAACCGUUAUUUAUGCAUAUACCUGGAAUACCUAUUCACGUACGCAAUAUAACUGGUCAAAAUUCAGCGUGCAGCAUUAUCUUUAAAGAGUUGCCCCAAUAUGUCUUUCUUUACAAAUGCACUAACACAGAUGAUUUAUCAGUACAUCAUAAGAUUUGAUGCCUUAUAUUUGUAACUUAAUGUUCAAUAUAUUGCUCAUCUUUGCUAAUUAGGCUAAUUAGGCUAAUGUUCUCAACUCCAUGACACGUUUUAG